AUGGAACCUAAUGAAAAAACCUCGCUCUAUCGAAUGAUCCAGGGUACCCAAGUACCAGGAAAAAUUGUGUUUGUGGAUAAUAACUUUGAGCGGCAAAACAUGACUGAAGGACCAAUCUCAGAAACCCUUGCUCUUAGUCCUAUUGUUGAAAACAAACGUAAUGCGGCAACAAUGCAGGAGUAUAGUCUACGCAGAGGUAUGAGUGCUAGUACUGCAGUUCUACCAAACUUGGAAUCUGUCUACAUCACUGGUCCAGGGGGACCAGAAGACCCCAUGGGGACAACCGAAUAUAACGAAAUGGUGACUCGCUCAGCUUUUAAUUUCCCACAAUCCGUAUCUCAGGGUGCAGAAGUGCCUCAACCCAUGUUUGGUACACUUGUUGGACCAAAAGGCGCAACCAAGACAAUCAACCUCAACCAGCAUGGUGAUUAUGACUCAGCUACUUUCCAAAGGCGUUGCACCAGUAUGAAAUCCAAUCCCGGCUUCGUACCCAACCCUUAUAGAUAUAUACAUCAACCCUAUGUAUACACUCCUAUUGUUGGCAGUUCACCUAGUCAUGUCAUUCAGUACAGAGGUAUUCCUGAUGCAAACAAUGCCGAAGGUACACCAUAUUCUCCCCAUACGGUUCAGCAUCGACAACCAUAUGUCUUUGCUGAUGAGAGACAUACUUAUCACGAUCUCGAUAUUCUUGCGGCGACACUCCAACGUCAACGAAGACCCGUGGAACAUUUUGUGGAAAUUGCCCCUCCACAGAACAUUUCAAGCGCACCUUACGGAAGACUACGGCAGCCGAUGAGUAGUUAUACCAUUGCGACCCCAAAUAAUCGAUAUGCAACAUUGAAUACUAGAAUGGCCCCUGAUGGAGAGGUAACUUCUAUGAUGGAACCGCUUGGAAUGAUGAAACGAGUCAGGGUACCAAUUGUUGAAAGAGAUGACAGCGGUACACUGAAUGAAGGCGAAAGUGAGGAUUUCGAUCGACAGGAUAGCCCGAAUUCUCUUAGCGAGGCAUUUGUGGAAGAGGAUUUUGAGGAAGAAAAUAGGAGCAGGGAAGAAGAGGAGCCUGAAUCGAUCACUGAUCCAAAUGCGAAAUUAAUUGUCUCAGAGGAUGAGCAGACCCUCAAAAGAAUAUGUGAAGCAAAGCAGCUUCAGUCGCCUCCUAGUCAUCACCAGGAAUCAGAAAGCCAAGCAACAGAAGAGAUCCUCGUCGCAUCAGGACAUCCAAGUUCUACAAAUGAAGAAUCCCAGCAGACACCCCAACCAUCCCAACUUCCCUUAACCUAUACAGUCCAUGAGGCGAGUUUUCUUACUUGCCUUCGUCUAAUCGAAGGUGUGUCUUCUAGCGCACUUGUGCCCUAUGCGGCAUCACUGGCUCAGCUCUGCAUCGCUUUGCUCACUUUCGAUGAGUCGGAUAUCCUCUCCAUGACUGUGGACUCCGAGGAAUCAGAAGGCGUACCCGUGGCACCUCCUUAUCUCUUCCAUUCCACAGACCCACCCGCUCGGUUAGAAUAUCUCCUUUCACUUCUCGCUCAUUGGCUAUCCCGAAGGAUACUUUUGUUGGCUUCCGAGCAACCUGACAACGAUUUUGAAAAGCUUCUGAAGUGUGCCAGGCGUAAAACCUGGAAUGGUCAAAUCAUGAUCCCCAAUUUGCUAACUUACUGA